CUUUAUUCAGGCCCAGGUAAGAAAUUGGAAAUGGCUACUAGGCUGGCAGAUACCGCGACGAUCACCAGCUUCCGCACGAACUUGCUUUCCGGCGCUCUCUACAAGAUAGCAAAAAUCCGGGACUAUGUGCAUUUAGCUAGAUUUUUCUUGCUCUAUAUAUCUCACUUUAGCUUAAAUUCUAAGAGGUUUUGUCCCUUUGCGUCGUAGAGUGUCUGGAAGCGGCCACAAGUCGCGCGCGUCUGCGGCGAC